ACUACAUAAAGUUUGAUUUUCUACAUUUUGUGUUUUGUUAUUUAUACGCUAUACCACAUUUAGUUUGAUAACUAUAUGGCCAUGCAUAAUUACUAAUUUGUUAUUGGGGCACAUGUUCUUGUCUGCUAAGUAAGAGUAGUAGCGGAGAUGAUCUUUCAUUUGUCAUCUAUUCAAUGAGCGACUGCAUUAUGCUUCAUGAUUAAAUUGCCAUUUGUUAUUUCCUUCUGUAGAUUUUGAAACAAACUAACAAUCACUAGAUACAAUAACUCAAUUAUUUGUCGUUAGCAUGUAAUUUUUGUGUUUUCAUUUUUUGAAAGGAUUGCCAUUGGUAUUACACUAGUAUUGUGUGCUAUUUGUGAAUAUCUGUGCCUGAUUUUGUAACUCUCCCUUCUUGUCAUAUAAACCUUUCAUAGUUUUUCUUGAUACAAUGGAUACUUCAACCGAUCAAGAUCAGGAAAAUAGUAUAAAAUUCAUUCGAAAACUCAGGAAAAAACUUCGUCAAAUUGAACGAUUAGAAAAGACGCAGAGAGAACUGACUGAUGAAGAAAAAAUUAAGCUCUCUUGCAAGCAUGACAUAAGAUCCAAGCUUCAACUGAUCCUUUCAACAAUAAAUGAACUGAAUAUAUCAAUCGAAUCAAAUAAUCAGGAGAAUGAAGAUGAAGAUGAUCAUGAUGUGAUAAUCGUUCACGAAAAGGGUGAUCUUCAACCUGAGAUUAAAAGUGUUAGUCAACCAAUUAUCAGUACCAGCAAUAAAAAAACAGAAAAAGUUAUAUUGGAAGAAGCAGCACCUCCAGAACAAAAUAAAAAUGAAGCAAAGGUAGAGAAGGAAAGCUUUGAUAAGGGAAAAAAAGUUCAAAAUGUGAGAUCUUGUCUAAGAAGAUUCUGGAGGAACUCGACAUUUGAAGUAACAGAGUUGAAAGGUCAUAAUGACUCAGUAAAUUGUGUUGACGCAAUGGAUAACUGGAUUGUAAGUGGUAGUCGUGAUACAUCAUUGAAAUUAUGGGAUUCAACUUCAGGAAAAGAGUUAAGAAGUAUGGGAGGUCAUACUGGACAAGUUACUGCUGUCAAAAUACUCACAAUUCCCGAAACAGAUGAGCUUCGAAGAAGCAUUGAUCGAUCAACAAUAGAAAUAUUUGCUGAUAUCGAUGAAAAACAGAGUGAAGAUGAAAAGAUAGUUAUCAGUGGAUCAACUGAUUGCUCGAUUCGAUUAUGGCUCCUUCCACAAGGAUUAUUUAUUAAAUCAAUUUAUAACUACAAUCCUGUUUCUACAAUUCUAUAUAUGCCAGAAAAAAAUUGCGUAGUUGUAGGAUCAUCCAGUGGAAACUUGACUGUCUACAAUAUUUGUUCGAACUUACAAGUUUAUUCUUCGACAAUUCAUAAAAAUCGAAUCACUAAAAUAAAGUGUAAUGACGAUCAGCUGUUCACAUCUUGUGAUGAUGGAAGUUUGAAAGUCUGGAAAAUUGAAGUGGUAGAUGCAGAGCCUACACAGACAAAACGGUCAAAAUUUGAUGAUCUGGACUUCAAUAUAAAAUCUGAUGAAUUUGACAUCACUUUGAAAUAUUCAUUCGAUAAUCAUGACUCCUAUAUUUGUGAUAGAUCUAUUCAUUCUUUCUUAGUUCGUGACAAUUUGCUUUAUUUCGGAGAUGAUGGUUCUAAUAUUAAAGUUUGGAAUCCAAGAUCAGAUGUUCUGUCGAAACUUCGAAAUCACAAAACAAAUGUUCCUGGUAUUACAGAUGAUAUUUGUGUAUUGAAUAACGAUGUAUUAAUAUCUACCAGUUAUGAUCUAGAUUCUGGACAUGGAUCAUUGAAUAUUCGUUCCUUACAUCCUGAAUGCAAUGGGGCUUACAUUGGAUCUUUCAAUCAUGAAAACAUUGCACGAUUGUCUACGUUCAUCUCAUAUUUUACUGGUGAUAUCAAAUACCUUGUCACAGGAGGUGAAAAAUUAUUUCUCUGGAAGUUCUAUGAACCUGGAAAGCAAUUGGAAAGUGUUGGCAGUGAUGAAAAUGCAUCUUCUAUAAAAAUCCGCGGACAAAAUAUUACGGAAUUGACAAAACCAGCAACAGAUUCAGAUGUUCCGUCUGAAGACGAGAGCAGUGGUGGAGAAGAUGAAGGAAAAUGGUUCUGGCAAUGGUCUAAACCCAAAACAGACAAGUCUAGGAAAUUGAGUGACAGUAAUCAAAGUGAUACACACUCAGAAAGUGAUGCUUCCAGACAUUGGAAAGAUGAAACAACAAUGAAUGCUAGCUCGUAUUCAUUUUGGGACUGGUGCUCUGUUGUUUGAAGAAGUUUUGUAAACAAAUGACUUCACCGAGUAGUGGUUAUUCUCUUUCAUAUAUCGAUGUUGAUUGUUGCUAUUUGACUGCAAUAAAAAUUUAUCUUUUUUUAGUAACAAAAUCAAAACUAUUUUUGAACUUUUUGAACACUCGAAAAGAUGUUUUUGGAUUUAUACUGCUAUCAGUAAUGAGUCUUAUUUAAUCAUAAUUAAGCUAUUAAUUUGUUGCGGACAUAUAUAAACAUACAGGGCUCAAAUUUUUUUUAUUUUGCUUUUUGUCUUAAAUGAUCCUUCAUUUUCAAAAAUCUUCAUUUAUGUUAAAUUUAUUAUGGGUAUUAAAUUUGACAAAAGCAUAAAUUGGUGGCAUUUCUCCCACUGUGGCAUCACAUAUUUUCGUUACCUAUCACUGAGCCAUCCUUAUUCUUGUAAUUUUGUACAUGGCUUUUUGAUAUGAGAGCUUAUAUACGAGUGUAAAACAAUUUCUAUCUAUGGUACUGAAGUUUGACAAUUACACUAUCACAUCUCCUCUAUGGUUCGAAGUAUGACAUUCAAAAUAGUUUGUAAAAUUAGUUUUAUUACAAAUAUGAAUUGCACUGUAUAUAUGCCAUUGCAAUCUUAUGCCAUUGUUCUUGUGCUAUCGUCGAAGAAUAAGAUAAAAAAAAAGCCCUGGCGUCCUAAGGCGUGGGCAUCGCAACACGUAAUGUCCAAUAUGACAAGAACAAAAGGUGCCAUCAAGGGUAUAUAUAUAUAUUGAAUUGACUGUGGAUACGUGUUGGGGUGCCAUCUUCAUGAUCACCUAUUCAUACCAUGUUUUUCAAACUUUUUACAACACUAAUUUCCGCCAUCUUUGUUUCUAUAAUUUUGUACAUGAUUUUUGAUACGCGAGGCUAUAUAUGGGUGUAAAACACUUGUUUCUCCUAUGAUUCAAAGUGUGCCAUAUAGAAUAGUUUUUGUUUUCAAUUUCCGAAUAAAUAAACAAUGAAUUGCACUGUA